AUGGAGUCGCCAAUGCAUGUUUAUCGUCGUGAGGCACUAGCCGCUCCGGCUGAUCGCUCAGAGAUGGUCCUGCAAAGUAUUGUUAUCCUGGUCGUGUCGAUUCUUUCCAUCCUUGGAGCUGGUUGGAUCAUCGUCUUCAAAAGUCUCCAGUCAUUCCGCCAUCAACUCAUCCUUGGCCUCGCAGCUAGCGACUUUCUCAUGGCGCUCAACUUCCUCUCAUCAACUGCCAUGAACAUCAACGGCAACGAGAUCGGCGCCCCAGAACACCAGACAUUCUGCAGUUUCAAUGGCUUCAUGACCCAAGUCUUUGUCAUACAGACCGAUUACUGGGUAUUGACUAUUGCGUUGUGUACCUACGUCAUUCUAGCAGGCUACAAAUCCUUAUCGUCGUGGGUCCAAGAUCAACGCAUCUUUCUUUCGUGUCUACCAUGGGCACUCAGUUUGCUAUGGGCUGGUCUUGGACUGAAACUGGCGGGGUAUGGUGAUAUUGGAGCUUGGUGCUGGUUCACUUCUGAUGAAGUCCGCCUGCUCGCCAACUUCGUCCCGCGAUGGGUCAUCAUCAUCACCAUCCUCUCCAUGUACGCCCGUCUGUACUUUAUUCUUCGAAAGUCGCACAAGAGCUUCAUCUCGCUUGGGAACUCAAACUCGGCAUCGGAACCUUCUCGAGAAAGGACUGUUACGCGAUCGAAUCAUGAUGUCUGGCGGUAUCACGAGUCAGAUGCCGCUGGUCGUCGAAGACUGCAAAGGAUUGCACGAUUGAUGAUUAUGUAUCCUGUGGUGUAUAUGCUGGUGUGGACACUGCCUACUGCCAUUCGUGUAUAUCAGACCAUCAAGCAUACUCCAGCUCCAUUUGCGUUGCAGACGGUUGACAAAGCCUGCAUUGUGUCACAAGGUCUCGUCGACGCGAUAAUCUACGGUGUCAACGAAUCUUCACUCAGUCGAUGGCGCGAACUCAUCUUCGCGUCCAGCGAUAAAGACGUUACAGAGACUGUUACAGCCAGGAACAUGGACACUAGAGUAUCAACGCGG